AAGCUUCAUUUUUAAACUUAGUAAUAGAUUAUUUUUUUCUUUUAGAUUUUUUUUUAUAGAUUUUUUCUUCACCUUCUCUUAUGCAUUAUUGCAGCAGCAGCCACUCUUGUUGUCUCCACUUUCUCUCGCUAAACCCAUCAACUCUCUUUCUCACUUGCCAAUUUUUUUGUAUAUUUCGCUCUUCUCUUUUUUGAGUUUCUUCUACUGACCACUGGUAGGUGCAUGGAUUUGUGAGUGAAGAAGGAGAAGGAAAAAAACUUUAAAUGGAUUGGAACUUCAAACUCAGCUCCGGUUAUUUCUCUGAAUUCGACCAAGAAUCUGUACCGGAUUUAACCCCAGUCGAUGCAUCGAUCUCGUUCGGUAGGUCAUCCUCAUCACCAAGAAGAUUGCAGCCAAAAGAAGAUUUCCCAUUUGAUCUGAAACUUGGAAGAAACAUCGUAAACUCCUCUUCUUCCUCCUUCUCUGCUUAUGGUAAGACAGAGAAAGUGAUAAGUCUUAGUAAGUUGAAAGAGAGCGCCUCUGAGGCUUCAAGAAGCUCCAAGAGGACAAGAGGGAACAACCAGAUCCCGAUUUGUCUGGUUGAUGGAUGUGAUUCUGAUUUUAGUAACUGUAGAGAGUAUCAUAAAAGACAUAAGGUCUGUGAUGUCCAUUCUAAAACUCCUGUGGUUACAAUCAAUGGCAAUAAACAGAGGUUUUGUCAACAAUGCAGCAGGUUUCAUGGUUUGGAAGAGUUUGAUGAAGGUAAGAAAAGUUGUAGGAAACGUCUUGAUGGACACAAUCGAAGAAGACGGAAGCCUCAGCCCGACCAUACCGAUCGUACUGCAACUUUCUUCCAAGGUAGCAAAUUGCUGGAUUUUUCUAGCUCUCCACACGUGUUUCCAACUACAUCUGUUGUGAGUCCGAGCUGGGGAAACGGUCUUGUAAGCGUAGCUAUGCCCAAUGGUUCAAGUUACGGGCAGAACCAGAGCUAUGCUGGCUCCUGUCCUGCAAAGACAGGCAUUACGUUCCCGAUAUCUUCUUCUCCAAACAGCAGAGGGAAACAGUUCCCUUUCUUGCAAGAAGAAGAAGACAGCUCGAGAAUGACGAGUUGCAUCCAUGACUCUGAUUGCGCUCUCUCUCUUCUGUCAUCAUCCUCCUCUCAUUUGCUUCAGCCACAGCCACCACUUUCUUUGUCCCAAGAGACCGUUUUUUAUGGGUCCGGAUUCUUUGAGAAUGCGAGUGCAGUCUCUGAUGGAUCCGGUAAUGAGGCUGUACCUCUUCCGCAAACGUUCCCUCCGUUUCACUGGUAGAUAGAAUCAGAAAGAUGUAUGUCUGCGUCGUCUCGUUCUCUAUUCUCUUCUCUUUCUCUCUAGUUUUUCAAACUUUUGUAAUUUAUAAGCAGUACACUGUUGUAGCAUGACGCAAGUUUCAACAAUUAUGUUUAAAGCAGAACUUUACUAAAUUUUG